ACUUUAGAGUACAUGAUAUAAAUCCGUGAGUGAUUGUUUUCUUAACGAUCACAUACCUUUCUGAACAUCUUUUCUAACUUUAGUUCAGUUGUAAAUUUUCUGUUUGAAUUGUGAAUUUCAGCCCAAAGCUGCCCGCAGGUUCAAUAAAAUUGCAUACUCGCCUUUUUGGCCCAAAAUUUGAGACAUCAAGCAUGACAAGUGAUGCAUACAUGGAGGCUGUGUUGGAGGCUAAAGAGCAUAUUAUGGCAGGGGAUGUUUUCCAAAUUGUAUUAAGUCAGCGCUUUGAACUUAGAACAUUUGCUGACACAUUUGAAAUAUAUAGAGCCCUGAGGGUAGUUAAUCCAAGCCCAUACAUGACAUAUUUGCAGGCUAGAGGGUGUAUACUUGUUGCUUCCAGUCCCGAAAUUCUUACUCGUGUGAAGAAGGGAAAGAGUACUAAUCAACCACUUGCUGGGACCAUUAGAAGAGGGAAAACACCUAAGGAAGAUUUAAUGUUGGAGAAAGAACUUUUAGGUGAUGAAAAGCAGUGUGCAGAGCACAUUAUGCUAGUUGACUUGGGAAGGAAUGAUAUCGGAAAGUUAAUGCAUGUUUCCAAGCCAGGAUCUGUUAAGGCCGAAAAGCUGAUGAAUAUCGAACGAUAUUCCCAUGUUAUGCACAUUGGUUCAAUGUUAUGCGUUCCGUUUCUGAAAGAACAUGUUUGA